AUGGCUUCUUCAUCUUCAUCAAUGUCACCACCAGUUUAUAACGGUGAGCUCUAUCAUUUAUGGGCUAUCAAAAUGAAAGCCGACAUGAGAGGUUUAGGCCUAUGGCAAUAUAAGGAGGAGGAGAAACAACCUCCUCCUUUGGGGCCAAAUCCAACAUUAAAUCAGUUAAGAUUGCAUGAAGAAGAAGUUGCUAAAGCGCCUAGAGCUUUAUCAAUCAUUCAUCAAGGUGUAAUUGAUGCAGUAUUUACUAAGAUUUUUAUGUGUGAGACUGCUAAGAAAGCAUGGGAAAGAUUGAAAGAAGACUCCUUAGGGAAUAAAAGAUCAAGGCAGAUGAAUGUCCUUAAUCUAAGGAGAGAGUUUGAAGUUCUUAUAAUGAAGGAUGCUGAAACUAUUAAUGAAUAUGCUAAUAGAAUUAUGAAAGUUGUAAAUCAGAUAAGGUUAAUGGGUGAAACUCUUUCUGAUCAAAGGAUUAUGGAGAAAAUUAAGGUGAGCAUUCCCAAGAGGUAUGAGGCUAAAAUCACCUCUCUUGAAGACUCUAAAAAUUUCUCUGAUCUUACCUUGUCUGAAGUGAUAAAUGCCUUGAAAGCUCAAGACCAAAGGAGAGCUAUAAGGCAUGAAGAAUUUGCAGAAAGUGCUCUUAAUGCUAAGCUGCAAAAGAAAAAUUCUAUCAACAACUCAAUGAAUAAGCAGACUAUUGACAGAAAGGAAUAG